AUGGGUCGGAUGUUACUUGAGCCACAAGCAAACGCACCGGUGGAAGCGAACCCUAAAAACAGAGGAGGCUACUUCGACACCAACAUGGUCAUCAUUUUAGCUGCUUUACUUUGUGCUUUAAUCUGUGCUUUAAGCCUCAACUCCGCUUUGCGCUGUGUGCUACGCAUCACAAGGAGAUUCACUUCGGAUGAUCAAAUCACAGACGCUUCAAACGCAAACGCGAAUUCGGGACGUUUAGCAACUACCACGGGUCUCAAGAAAAGGGCAUUGAAACAAAUUCCCGUGGGAUUGUACGGACCAGGGACCACUAACAUGAAAGCAACAGAGUGUUUGAUCUGUCUCGGAGAUUUCGUGGAGGGAGAGAAAGUUAGGGUUUUGCCAAAAUGUAACCAUGGCUUUCACGUGAGGUGCAUAGACACUUGGUUCCUAUCACGUUCAUCUUGCCCUACAUGUAGACAAUCGCUUCUCCUUGAGCAACCGUCGCCGCCGCCGCUGGAUGGUGGUUCCCGGCGGGAUGAUGAGGUGGCAGUUUCCGUCAUAUAG